AUGGAUUCUUCGAAAAGUACUAUCAAUAGCAAAGAAGAGAUGAAUGGCAGCGUCAAUGGUCAACCAGUUGGUUUGGUCGGGAAACUGGUUCUACUCGAAGAGCUUGACCAAAGGGAUCGGGAGAAAUCUCGACUGACAGUCCCUGAUGCACAUGGUACACCACAACCACAACCACAACCACAACCACAACAACCUAGGCCAGUGACGUCCAAACGAAAUGAUCCUGACACAGCAAGCAAAGCCAUAGGCAAAACCCCAGAAGGACGUCAUCCCAGUCUUGACAUGUCAGAGAGCAACAACUCCUUGAUGGGAAUUAUCGGAAAGAGACUCAUUCUAGCGCAAGAGUUCCCUAAUGCAGUGACCUGCCCUCUGGAUAGUGCAAGUGCAAACACCAGGGAAGCUUCGGUUCUACAGCUCUCGGUUACCAAUCAAAAUCAUAGGAAUUCUAUUGGAGUUUCUACCGCAAGGAAUCCAAAGAAACCCGAGCAACCGCCAAGACAGGAUGAUGUGCACACGCAACAGGAUCAACAAGUUCUAAUAGGAGCAUUGGCAGUAGGAGGGGUUGGAACUGGAGAAGAACAAGAUGGAUCCUCAGGAACCAGCAUUCCCGACCUGGAACAGCAAGAUUUAGUUCGUGAUAAUCAUCAUGACAAUCAUAAUGCGGGCCUGGUGGAAGCAGAGACAGUGGACGACCUGGAACAGCCCAAAGCCAUAGCAAUUCCUACCAUUGACAGCACCAACACCAGACAUUCCAUUACUCAGAAGUAUCAACUUCGCUUUGCCGCAGUGGCACCCACCACAACAAGAGAUACCGCCGCAGCACCUGCAAUUGAAACUGCCUUGAAAGUUGUUUUCGGCAGGGACUACUUCCAACAUGUGGAAGAAACUGGAAAAGGUAAUGAUGAUAACCUUGCUGAAUUCUUGCUGGAAACAAGGCAGAGAGCAUUUGAUUGGAUUGUCAAUCAGGACCCAAUGCAGCUGGAGUAUGAUUCUCCCAACUUGGUUCAGCGGUUUGUUCUCGUGCUCUUCUACUAUCAGACUACUAGACAUCAACCUUGGAAAGAGUGCAACCCACCAGAAGCUACUCAAGAGAGUGCCAUGUCUGGUUUCUGUUAUGAAUCUCAUCAAUCUUCUGGUAAAUUAGUAACAACCAUCUGGGGUGAUCAGUGGCUCUCUGCCAGUCAUGAAUGCCAUUGGGCUGGAAUUUCCUGUGAAACUGUGCAAUCAGUGGAUAAGACAGUUGUUGAGCUGUAUCUUUAUUCUAAUGAUCUUAAUGGCCCUCUUCCCCGGGAGAUCACAAGAUUGUCCCUGCUGCGAAAUCUACGGCUCCACAACAACAUGCUGACUGGAGCACUGCCAACAAAACUAUUUUCCAAAAAAGCAGGUUUUGCCCUGGAAACUCUUGUUUUGUACCAGAAUCGAUUUUCUGGCACUAUUCCCAUAGAAUGGGUUGCAAGCCUUCUUGAAGGAAAUGGAAAACUUACCAUUCUUGAUCUGAAUAUGAACACUUUGACCGGGAGUAUUCCAUCAGAGUUGGGUCUACUUCCUUUGAAAAGGCUCAUACUCACAAGCAACACUCUCACAGGUUCAAUUCCGCAUGAACUACUCAACCUAACUUCACUUGAACGGCUUUUCUUAGGCGAAAAUGAUCUCACCGGGACUUUGCCAAGCGAAAUUGGACAGCUCACCAAUUUGGAGUACCUGUAUUUGAAUUACAAUAAUAUUUCUGGAUCCUUGCCCUCAGAGAUUGGCUUGUUAAGCCAGCUUGUUGAACUCUCUCUCUCUAACACCAACAUGCGAGGGGCAAUCCCUGAAGAAAUCCACAGUGGACUUGCAAAUCUUGGUGCUUUGUCCUUGGAUGGAUGCAACUUUACUGGGACUAUCAGCCCAUCACUUGGCCUCUUGACAGAUCUCAAAAAGCUGCACGUCUCCAACAACCACUUCCAUGGCACUAUUCCCAGUGAGAUCGAGGCAUUGACACUACUAAGGGAGCUUCAGGUGAAUGGGAAUGAUCUAUCUGGCACAGUUCCAGUCUCUUUCUGCACGACUCGCUAUGCUGGGGAAAUAGGUUCCAAGGUUGUGGCUGACUGUUUGCCCAAUACAGAAACUGGAAUUCCUGCAAUCCAGUGUCCUUCUGAUUGCUGCACCAGUUGCUGCGAUGACACAGGAGUUUGCCUUGCCAAUUAA